AUGGCUGAGGGAUAUAGGGAGACCGGCAUCAUAGCAUCGGAGGCGGAGGAGAUCUGGGAGGACCAGGUUUCCGCGACCUUUUCCGACGAGGCGCAAGAACUCGGCCUGCAACAGUCGACCUCGCGCUCCCGGCGCCACAGCCGGUCGCCGCGGCGCCACUCCCGCUCGCGCCGCCGCCGCUCACCGUCCGUGGUCAUCACGCGCGCGCCCAUCUACGAGGUGGAGCGCGUGGCGCCGCCCUCCCUGGCGGCCCUGCCCGCCCUCAACCCCCUGGCCCUGCCCAUGGCCGGCAACAUGCCGCUGGCCACCGACCCCUACAAGCUGAUCCCCAACCUGGGCAUGCCCGCGGCACCCCCGCCCCCCGCCACCAACCAGGCCACUCGGCCCCAGCGCCGGCUGUACGUGGGCGGCCUGCCCACGCCCUGCUACGACUUCCAGCUCACCGCCUUCCUGAACCAGGCGCUGGUGGCCUCGGGCAUCUGCUCUCCGCCCCCGGGCCGCAUGCCCAUCAUUGGCUGCCAGCUGACGCAGGAGAAGGGCUUCGCCUUCAUCGAGUUUGCGGAGAUUGCGGACUGCACCGCGGCCGUGCAGCUGGACGGCAUCCCCUACAUGGGCUCCGUGCUCAAGAUCAAGAGGCCCAAGGAGUACCUGGCGUUGCCUUACACAACCCCGGACCCCCCGGCGAUGGGGGCAGCGGUGCUCGCCAACUUCCUGGCCCAGAGCCAGGCGCUCGCGGGGGGCGCUGCCCCAGCUGCAGCUGCCCCUCUGCCGACACAGCCCCCCCCUCCCCAACCCACCGCUGGCAAUAUCUGGCCCUGA